AUGACUGGAAUAAUGUCAGCGAGGGAGAAGCUGACAGUCGGCCCCAGUGCUGACACCAAGACACAGACCAAGACGUGUGGCCCCAGGUAUGACCCACCUCUACCAGGCUAUACGGAGAUCGAGAACCUGGAGGAGUACACAGGUCUCCGCUGUCUCUGGCUGGAGAACAAUGGCCUGAGGAGCAUUAAUGGCCUCCAACACCUGCAACACCUGCGCUCCCUACACCUGCACCACAACCUCCUCACCUGUCUCAAUGGUCUCCAACACCUGCGUUCUCUCGUCACCCUCAAUGUCUCCCACAACAUGAUCUCCAACAUUGAACAUCUAUGUGGUCUGCCACACCUGGAGACACUACAGGUGAGCCACAACCAUCUGUCCCAGGUGGAAUCACUACAGCAGCUGGCUCAGUGUCCCGUCCUCUCCUGUUUAGACCUGUCCCAUAACAAGAUACAGAGCCCAGACGUGGUCCAGGUGUUGGGUGAGGUGCGGGAGGUGCGGGUCCUCCAGCUGAUGGGGAACACAGCCGUGGGUCAGGUGAAGAAUUACCGCAACACUCUCAUCCUUACCUGCAUCAACCUGACCUACUUGGACGAGAGGCCUGUCUUUCCUGUCGACCGAGCCGCUGCCCAAGCCUGGUAGGAUGGUGUGAAGCCUUGUGUAGGAUGGUGUGAAGCCUCGUGUAGGAUGGUGUGAAGCCUGUGUAGGAUGGUGUGAAGCCUGUGUAGGGUGGUGUGAAGCCUGUGUAGG